UUCUUUUUCACCUCUCACCAUCUCUCGCCUCUCGCUCUCAUCGUCUGUCAUCGGUCGAGUUCUUUAUGCCUCUUCGCUUCUCCAAGGACAAAGCUGCAGAUCGUCCCUCAGUCCUUCUGCGGCCGCCGCUGCCGCCGCCUCUCCAAUCCACGUUGGAUCUCAAUUGGCAGUGGCUGUGACCCACACGACACUAAUGGAGCAGGCAACUGACAACUGAGUUUGCUGAAGGCUUGCAAUUGUGAGACUGGAAAUGCUAUAUGGAGAAAUGAUUCAUUUGGAACUGGACGAAGACUUAGGGAGCUUACUAAUUGUUCUAUUGGGAUUUAAUGUUUCAAACAAAUUCGAGCCAUUCAAGACGAAUUCGUUGAGGUCGUAGUAUAAGUUAUUUCUAUUAGCUUGUUUUGGCUCGGAAAUGGCGUCUCUGCUGUUCCGUACUUCACGCAGGUUCGUGUCCUGCCUCUCUCUUCAUCGUAAAUAUCUCAAUCUCUUCUCAAGCCUCGAGUCGCCAAUUUCAUACACCAGAGCUAGUUCAGUUUCCAAUUUAAGGUGUUAUCGGUCAGAUUUUGUUUUUGAAAGUUCCAUUCGAGAUUUUAGAUUUGGACUUAUCCAUGGUUUUUCUACAUCUUCGGACGUAAAAGAGAGUUCAAAGAGUGAUGAGAGUCCGUAUGGUAGUGUUAAAAAUGAUGGAAAAUCAGAGGCAAAAGCUGAGAUGUCCUGGAUUUCUUUGUAUUUGCCCAAAAAGUUUCAGCCUUAUGCGCACCUUGCACGGCUUGAUAAACCCAUUGGAACGUGGUUGCUUGCUUGGCCUUGUAUGUGGUUAUAAGACGAUGUUCACACUCUCGACUGGAUCAUAAAUGUUGAGGGGAGCAUGAUUUCCAAAAUCCAUAACUAGAGUAAAUUGUAUUCUUUAGGUCAAUUACCUUGGCGGCACCUCCAGGCCAACUUCCUGACUUUAAAAUGCUGACUCUAUUUGGAUGCGGGGCUUUGCUUUUGAGGGGUGCUGGGUGUACCAUAAAUGACCUCCUUGAUCGAGAUAUUGAUACAAAGGUUGAACGUACAAAACUUAGACCAGUUGCUAGUGGUCAAUUAACUCAACCCCAGGGAAUCAGUUUUUUAGGGUUGCAGCUAUUUUUGGGACUUGGAAUUCUCCUUCAACUGAAUAAUUACAGUCGCAUUUUGGGGGCUUCCUCUUUGCUUCUAGUAUUUUCCUAUCCUCUCAUGAAGAGGUUCACAUAUUGGCCUCAAGCCUAUCUGGGUCUGACGUUCAACUGGGGAGCUUUGUUAGGAUGGGCAGCCAUCAGAGGAACUUUGGAUCCAGCUAUUGUUUUGCCACUAUACUUCUCUGGAGUAUUCUGGACUCUUGUAUACGAUACGAUAUAUGCACAUCAGGACAAGGGAGAUGACUUAAAAGUCGGCGUUAAAUCUACUGCUUUGAGAUUUGGAGACUCAACUAAGGAGUGGAUUACUAUGUUUGGAAUUGCAAACAUUGGUUGUCUUGCUCUUAGUGGUUACAAUGCUGAUAUUGGAUGGCCAUUUUAUGCACUUUUGGCUGCUGCAUCUGGACAGUUGGCUUGGCAGAUUUUUACAGUUGACUUAUCAAGUCGUGCUGAUUGCAAUCGAAAGUUCAUCUCCAACAAGUGGUAUGGUGCUUUAGUAUUCAGUGGGAUCUUGCUUGGUAGACUUUCUUCUUAGCCUUUUCCGAAAAAUAUGAGAAAGCCAAGAUGGAUGGUUUGCUAUUGUUUGACCUUUUGAGAUUAUUGAAGACGUGCGACGUGUUCAUAAACAUAAAAGGAUUCGAUCUUGCACUAUCUUCAAAUGAUAUUGGUACUACAAAUCGUGAUCGGCUUUUAUCUUCGACCUCAGAAAUUGGAGAGUGGGUGAAGCUCUGUUGGUGUUGUUUUCAUGUGGAGAUGAAAGCAGAGGUUUGAAGUAACCGUGACUACUAUUAGAGCAGGUUUGAAGUAACUAUGACUUGAGGUUGUGGGAGCAAUAGGGAAAAAAAAUUCAGUUCCAACACAAAUGCAUUCGAUGCAUUAGAUCUCUUUAGAAAAAUGACUAAGCUUAUUUCACAUUUUUUUUACUAGAAACAUAUUUUUUGGGGGUUAAAUUUGCUUUAUUUGUCUUCUGUCGUCUCGAUGUAGACAGCCUAAUCCGUCUUUAGAAUUUAUACAUCAUUUAGACGAAAUUGAAAGUUAUAAUAA